AUGCCCACCAAGAUGCCUGUUCAGUACCCCUCCGACGGAGAGGGUAUGGACACACGAGACAACAACACUGAGUCUGGCUAUGUCAGCGGUGGCUCAUCUAAUGAAGAAUAUAUCCCCGAGAUUGUCUUCACCAAGCCCCAUCUCCAGUUCUUGAACCGCCAGUUGCAAUUCCUCGAGCCCCAAGAUAUCUUGAGAUGGUGCACUACAUCCCUUCCCCAUCUUUUCCAGACUACAGCCUUUGGUUUGACUGGCUUGGUUACUUUGGAUAUGCUGUCCAAGCUGGAUGUACCCCGCCCUCAGAUGGUGGAUCUUAUCUUCCUCGACACGCUGCACCACUUUUCCGAGACCCUUAACUUGGUCGACCGGGUCCGUAAGCGUUACCCGUUGAACAACGUGCACGUGUACAAGCCUGCCGGUGCCGAUACCGCUAGCGAGUUCGAGUCCAAGUAUGGAGCUCGCCUGUGGGAGGCUGAUGACCAGCUCUACGACUGGGUUGCCAAGGUUGAACCUGCUCAGCGUGCCUACCGUGAUCUGAACGUCCACGCCGUGCUCACUGGUCGCCGUCGCAGCCAGGGUGGCAAGCGUGGUGACCUCGACGUCAUUGAGGUUGACGAGGCCGGCCUUAUAAAAAUUAAUCCCAUGGCCAACUGGUCCUUUGACCAGGUCAAGCAAUACGCUCGUGAAAACAACGUCCCUUACAACGAGCUCCUUGACCGUGGCUACAAGAGUGUUGGUGACUGGCACUCCACUCAACCCGUUGCCGACAACGAGGAUGAGCGCUCUGGCCGCUGGAAGGGUCAACAGAAGACUGAGUGCGGUAUCCACAACCCCCGCUCCAAGUACGCCAUGUACUUGAUGGAGAUGGAGCGCAAGCGCCAAGAGGAAGCUUUGACUUCGGCUUUGCACUCCCAGCUUUCUGCUGCUGCGCAAUGA